AAAGCGGAGUUAAAGCCUCGAGCGCCACUCGGACUUUUAAAUCGUGUUACAUAACGUGCUUUCCAACUCCUCUCGGAGUGACUACAGACACCACCCGGAGACUACAGUCUGACCGACAUCUCUGUAAACUUUCAUCCCACUUUAGUGGUUCGUUCUUCCGCAUUUUAACCUCUCGCAGGUGCGCGCGCUAUGAGCAGUGACGUGCAUUGUUUAGCCGAAGCGCAGCGCGUGGCGAUUUUCGGCGGCACGCACGGGAACGAGAUGUCCGGCAUCAUGCUCGUGUCCAUGUGGACCAAAAACGACAGUGAGAUCCGCAGGAGCAGAGUUCACACCGAGCCCUUCAUUUGCAACCCCAGAGCUGUGGAGAAGUGCGCCAGGUACAUCGACACGGAUUUGAAUCGAGCCUUCACAGCGGAAAACCUGAGCAUGCCAGAUGGAGACAAGCUGCCAUAUGAAGUUCAGAGAGCCAAGGAAAUCAACCAGAUCUUUGGACCUAAAGGAAGCCCAGAUGCCUACGAUGUUAUCUUUGACCUCCAUAACACCACAUCCAACAUGGGCUCUACGCUUAUCUUGGAGAGCUCGACAGACCACUUCAACCUUCAGAUGGUGCAUUACAUCAAAAAAGCCAUGGCUCCGGAGAGCUGCAUGGUGCUGCUGAAUGAACACCCUCAGCUCAAAUAUGCAACCACCCGCUCAGUGGCCAAGCACUCUGUCGGUCUUGAAGUGGGUCCGCAGCCUCAGGGAGUUUUGCGGAGCAAUAUCUUUGAGUCCAUGCGGAUGAUAGUGAAGCACGCGCUGGAUUUCAUCGAGUUGUUUAAUAGUGGCAUGGAGUUUCCAGCAUGCCGUGUGGAAGUGUUCAGGGUGCACGAGAGAGUGGAUUAUCCAAGAGACGCAAACGGCAACAUCAGCGCUAUGGUACAUCCUCACCUACAGGAUUGUGAUUGGGAGCCCCUGAACCCCAGCGACCCAAUGUUCCAAACAUUUGACGGGAGGACAAUCGUGUACGAGGGAGCCGGUCCAGUCUACCCAACGUUUAUUAAUGAAGCCGCCUAUUACGAGAAGCACCAGGCCUUCGUUACAACCUGCAGGGAAACACUAUCUGUUAAUUCCAUUCGAAAAAACACCAAAUAACAAUCUGCAUUCAAUUCAACAAUCAAAUAUCACAAUAACCAGCACAAUUAGAGAGAGAGAAAAAAAAAUCUGAUCUCUAACUUACAUGCAUUCUACCAUGCCUGAAAACUACAACUACUCUCAUGUAUAAGUUUUUUUUACAGUUUUUGUAGGAAUCUUUCACUUACAACAAAUCAAAUCAUUUAAACAAGUCAGGUUAAUUAUCUAUUUACAAUUUCAAAGAACAAACAUCGGAUAUUUUUAUAUUAGUUUUAAAGUUUGUCAUACCUAAACGUUUUAUGGUGCAGUUUAUAUUUAUACAAUUCUAAAUCGUUUCUAUUUAUACUUAUAUUCCUAGAUAGUCGUUCUACUUUAACAAACGGAACACACGGAAUAUAUGAAGCUAUAAAAUUUGGAUUAGCUUGGAAAUAAAAAAGUAGACUUUGAUAGUUCCUAGAUUCUAGUACAUUCUUCAGCAUGCCUUUGUUGACUUCCUUUAAAGACUCAGAAGUGAGUGUUACGUACGUAAGGAAUAAAACACAACGAGGCACAACAGUUCUCAACUGCUCAUAAAUAAAAAAAUGUAGUGAUACCGAGGAAUGUUCUUCGGCGUCAAGAUUUUCUUCGGCAUGAAACUUGCUAGAAUGAAGUAAAGUAUUUAUGUUUAUUAACAGCUUUAUCUAACAUUAUAGCCAUUUUCUGAAGGAAACCAAAGUCUACAGUCAGAGCACAGGAUCAUUUAGCCACAAAUCACAUGAUUGUUUGCUAGUUUUGUAGUGCAGAAAGUUCUGUGGGUGGCCGGUUAGGGUGAUCUCAUUUCACUUUUUUUUCAAUUUUGUGUUAAAAUGUGUUACUCCAUCUUAAUCGCAAUAUCAGUUUUUCUUCUUUUUGCUUUAAAUGCAUUUGGCUAUUGAAUUAGUUGAAAUCGGCAGGAUUAAAAUACACCAUUACAUACACACACACACACAUAUAUGUGUGUGUGUGUGUGUGUGUGUGUGUGUGUGUGUGUGUGUGUGUGUGUGUAAUGGUGUAUUUUAAUCCUAUAUAAUAGAUAUAUAUAUAUAUAAGGUUUGAGAAUGUUGUGGGACUAAAAAAAGGCAAAAUUGUCAUUUAUCUAAUAUGGAAAUAUGUUCCAAAUAUCUUUUUUUUAACAUGCACAAUGUGUUUUACCUUACAAACAUGUUUAAUUUUAAUUCAUUUGUUCUGUGUAAUAUCAUCAGAACACAAACGGCACCGAGUCAUGGGGUCACGCUUUAGCUUUGCGCAUCAGUACAAGAAUAAAUAAACAGAAACUAGUAAAGGAAGUCACUGUCUAGACAGUGCCUAUCAUUACUGUAACAUGAAUAUAAUAGUUUCACUUCUACUUAUUCUUGUUAUUGUUAUUAUCAUCAUUUGGCUCAGUUACUUUGUCCAAAAUGCUAACUUCUGACUGCAAGGGUUAGGGUUAGGGUUAGGAUUUACCUGUGGGAUUUAUCCCUCGCUUUUCUCUCUACCUAAAGAGAUUGGCACUUUAGUUUAAAAGCUCUUUUAACACAUCCUCAUAGAUCGACAUCCAAAACAUCAACUUUCUUGCUAAUUCACUCCUAAUACGUGACAAUAUUUUUAAGGGAACAGUGAUUUUAACGGAUUAAACGAAAAUAUACCUCCAACCAACAAAUUAGCCUCACUGAAUAUUCUAGCAUAUAUUUGUUUCUUUGCACAAUAAGUUUAAUGCAAAAUAAUUGCCAUUUAAAUUCAAAAUAAUAAUAAUAGACGUACAGGCUGAAAAUUUGGGCUCAAACCGAUUACCAGACAUGAAGAAGACGAAUCAACGAAAUAUCUUGAGCUAUUGGUGGUGUUUUGCUAAUCAUAGAAAUUUCUAGAAGGCUCAGAAUUGUUUCAGUUUCCUGUACACGGUUGUACACGUUUAAUACCGAAAUAUGAGUUUUGUCCUAUAUUUGAAAAUUGCACACUAUUUCCACUGUGAUAAUGUAACACUUUUAGUAAUAAAUGAAUUUUUUUAUUAUCAUUAUUAUUAUUUUUUAACAGAAAAUGCUCACUGACCUAUGCAAAGAAUCCUGUUCUCAGUAAUGUAGCACGUAAAUAUAGUGCUCAUGGACAAUCUGUUUAACGUUAAAGAUGUUAAAUAUGGGUGGAAUAUGUGAAGUUUUAAUUUUCAAUUAGAUUGUAUAUUUUAGUAAGCUAAAUUACGCACAUUUUUAAAAUAUAUAUAUAUUUUAUUAGAUUACUUAUAAGUAAAUUGUUCUUCAGCUGCUGUCUGUUCCCAUUGUUCUGGAUUGCACAUAUUUAACAAUAAUAAAAAUUCAUAUUUUGAUCUUG